GUUUGCAAGCUACAGUGUGUAUCGUCUCUCAUUCAGUGUGCACAUACAGGAAAAAUGGCAGAAGCAAAUAUUUCAGUGGCUCUGGAUCACUUCUGCUGUCCAGUUUGUCUGGAUCUACUGAAAGAUCCAGUGACCAUUCCCUGUGGACACAGUUACUGUAUGAACUGUAUUACAGACUGCUGGAAUAGGGAGGAUCUGAGGAGAAUCUACAGAUGCCCUCAGUGCAGACAGACCUUCACUACAAGACCUGCUUUAAGUAAGAACAUUAUGCUUGCUGAAAUGGUGGACGAACUGAAGACAAGAAUCCAAGCGACUCGCCCUGCAGAUGUGGAGUGUGAUGUUUGUACUGGAAGAAAACAGAAAGCCGUCAAGUCCUGUCAGGAGUGUCAGAACUCUUACUGUCAGAAUCACCUUGAACAACAUGAGAUGUUUUUCAGGGGUAAGAGACACAACUUGACUGAUGUCAAUGGAAGACUCCAGGAGACGACCCAACCUCAAUAUAACAUGCUGGAGAUGCUGUUUCAAACUGACCUGCCUUAUAUGAUGUGUAUGCUGGAUGAUCUCAGAAGUCAUGAGACCGCAGUUGCUGCAGCAGAGAAACAGAAGCAAGUAAGGGAAAUUCAGAGUAUAUUGCAUCCAAUAAUCCUGCAGAAAGAGAAAGAUGCUCAGGAUCUGAGAGAGGCUGUAACAUUUCACAAGCGCUCUGCACACACAGCAGUGGAGGACUGUGAGCUGAACUUCACUGAGUUGAUCUCAUCCAUUGAGAGAAGUCGCUCUGAGGUGACACAGCUGAUCAGAGAUCAGGAAAAUGCUGCAGUGAGUCGAGCUGAAGAACUCUUGGAGCAACUGGAGCAGGAGAUCGAUGAUCUGAGGAGGAGAGAUGCUGGACUAAUGCAGCUUUCACACACUGAUCUCAACCCUAUUCUCCAGAGUUUCCAAACUCUCUCUCUCUCUGGAUCUACAGAAAACUCCAAUGUUACUUCUCAUCUUUCUUAUGAUAAUGCAGUAAAGUCUGUCUCUCAACUCAAAGACAAACUGCAACACCUCUGCAGAGAGGAGACAGAAAAGAUGUCUGCUAUAGUGAAAAACAUCCAGAUCAUUCUCACUCCUGAAUACAAGACCAGGAGGGAGUUUCUACAAUAUUUCCAUCAGUUCACUCUGGAUCCAAACACAGUGAAUCUAUGUCUCUGUCUGUCUGAAGGCAACCGAAGGAUUACUUACACUGAGACACACCUGCGAUAUCCUGAUCAUCCAGACCGAUUUGAUCGUUGGACUGAAGUGUUGUGUAGUGAAAGUAUGGAUGGACGCUGUUACUGCGAGGUGGAGUGGAGUGGCAUUGAGAGAUUAGGUGUAGAUAUAGCAGUGGCAUAUAAGAGCAUCAAGAGGAAGGGAGCUGGUCCUGAGUGUUCAGUUGGGCGUAAUGAUCAGUCCUGGAGUUUGUUUUGCUCUCCUUCCUAUUACUCAUUCUGGCACAAUAACAUUGAGACCAUACUUCCUGUAGUCCACAGCUCCAGUAAAGUAGGAGUGUAUGUGAAUCACAAAGCAGGAAUUCUGUCCUUCUACAGCGUCUCUCAGAAAAUGAGCCUCAUUCACAGACUCCAGACCACAUUCACCCAACCUCUGUAUCCUAUGUUUGGACUAGAUAAAAACACAACUGUAAAACUGUGUUUUCUAGGUGUAUAGAUAAUAACGUUGCGACAUUAUCGAGUCUCUUAUUUACUAAUAAGGGUUACAUACUAAACCUAGUCUCUGUCAACAUUAUCUAUGACAUGCUGUCACAUGUUUUUUGCUCUGAUGGUCAUACAGAGUCUGCACGAGUCACAUCAAUUUUCAUCUCUGGCCACUAGAUUUUCUGCAAUUUCGAAUUUUCUGAAAAACCUACUUUUUCAAACUCUUCCUAGGCUGUAUGUCUGAUUCACUCAAUGUUGCACGUAUCAUCUAGAAACGUUCAUGACAAAAUUACAGAAAACACGAUGACAGGCUACACCGUCCCUGUAAACCACAUCAGAAGAAUCUAUGGCGAGAACGCUAUACUGAGCGACGCCAUACUGUGCGUCAGCCAUUUUAAAUUUUGUAUUAAAUUGCUGUAUAUAACAAAGGCAUUGGCGUAUCAUUACCAUAUCCUAAAGGUUCUCAAAACAAUUGGGGACAGCACAACCUAUUGGUCAAAAUAUAUAAUGUAAUGCUUAUAACUUUAGAUUAAUUUGGCCUGUUGUCAUGAGACUUCCUCUACACAUCUAGUGUGAUCGCUAACCGUGGCCGAGCAUGGUACUCGAAACAUGGCCUCAAUGAUGCGACUGUUCCAUUUAAAAAACAUGGCGGAGAGCAAUCAAUUUGGUCUAUGGCAUAUGAUCAGUGUUUACUGGAAAUUUGGGCAGAUGAGAGUAUACAGGAACAACUGCAUACAAAACACAAGAACUCGAUAUUUGGUCAAAUUUGCGGCUAUCUCGUGGACACCAAAGAACCAUUGAGCAAUGUUGUGACAAACUGAAAAAACUGUGGGUUCAGUAUCUGAAGGUAGUGGAUGCAUUCCGUAAAUCUGGAAGCUCAUCGGGAGGGCUGGACUGGGAAGAGAAACCAGCUCGGGAUUUUACAUAUCAAAUGGCCCAAAAGUUGUUGCUUAUCGUGGCCCGAUUCGUGGCCGACACAAUGGACCGCUUGGUCCUCCCGAUGGCCAGUACGCCCCUGAUCGGCCCCAAACUGCGUCGGCCCACUGGGAAAAUGCCCGGUAUGUCCGAUUGCCAGUCCAGCCCUGCUCAUCGGACAAAAAGGAUCAUUUCCAGUAGUACGAUGCUGUCGACAAUUAGGCAUGUGAGAGGGCCGCGUGUCACCAUGCCCCAAACGACUUCAAAUAAUGAUGGACUGCUCUUUUCUUCCCGUUUUCUUCAAAACAAAAAGUUGCAUCGUAAUGACGUAAGCGUGCUAAGGCCCGGAACAUUAAGUGCAAUGUGAGUGGGGACAGUCGAGCAUGGACACGGUACAAGGGAACCCGGCCUAGUGUGAGUACGCCCUUAUUUUGUAAACUUCCUUGGGUCAUGCCGGUUAUGAUGAUACCAAAUCUGCCAUGGUCGGCCAUACUUCAUGUUCAGCAUUUUAAAUUGAAUUGUAAACCUUUUUUUUCCAGACCCCUCUUAGACAGUAUGUCAGAUUCACUGGACAGUUUGCAUGUAUCAUGUGGAGACACUCAUGAUGAACCAUUAUAAAAUGUAUGAUAAUAGAUUAAACUGUUCUCAUAUACAGUAUCAACAAAUUUGACAGAGAAUGGUCAAAAGGAUGCGAGAUUGUAUCUUUACAAGAUAUACUGACAGAAAGCCUGGUGUAUAUCAGCACAAGCAUGUGUACCAGCAAAGUGCCACCUAGUGGUCAAGAAAUAUGAUAAAUGGCUAUUUUUGCUUGUAACUUUUGGGUAGUUUGGGCUAAAAUCAUGAGGUUGGUCUCUUUAAAUUCCCUUAUUUUCUGCCAUGCUUUGUGAUGUACUAAACUGUCCUCGUGUAACUCUUCAAUGAAUUUAAUGGCAAGAUGCAAGUAAGAAUUUGAGGCUUUAUCUCAUGAACGCUUUGGCAUAUUGACAUCUUCACAUUUGGCAUUGUGAGCAAGGGCAUACAAUACCAUAUCAAUUUGGGGACAGUGCCACCUAUUGGUCAAAAGUUAUAAGCAUGUGAUUUAUAGUAGAAGUAUUCAAAUAAAUAAAAUGUAUCACUGUGUUUAAAAUCAGUCACUCGAAUUCUAUAUUAAGUCAAACUGCUUGACAUUGGUGUGCUUGGACCUAUAACUGCUGCUUACUAUAUCAUUAUUAUUAUUAUUUAUCCUUAAAUUAGGAGAUCUUACUAUGGAUAUUUAUCAAUCCUCAUUCCAAACUGAACAUGUAUCACAUCAGAGAAGACGCCUACAUUUUCUUCAAGAUCAAUUAACGCUAAUAACUUUCAUUUAUUAAAUGUAUUGAUUCAGGUCAUAGACAACAGUAAAUAGAGUUGAGAGAUUUCAUUCAGUGUUCACUGUGGUUUCUGAGGACACGUGACCAGUUUGAGGACAGCACCAUGCACUGGGAGUCAACAUUUUCAAUGAUUUGGCCUCAAAUCAUGAGACGGGUCUCUGAAGAUACCUUGGGUAAGAGUAUAUUGUUUCUGUAGAACAAGGAGAAAAAAUCUCUUCAAACAAAUUGGUGUUAUAUGAUAGCAGGUCACAGAUACUGAUCUGCUUGUGUUUCACCCAAAAUAAUGCUUUUGGUUGCAUGAUGAUUCUGUGAGAUGUGAUUGUAUUUUCUAUUAUUUUAUAAUCAAUAAAUCAACUAAAUUUCCAAUGAUUUCAGAGGAGUUCAGGAGUAAAAUGAUACUGUUCAAUAUAAUAAUGAUUGUACUUGUUGUGGAGUGAGAGGUGAUAAUGAGGAAAAUAUGAGUUUGUGUGAUUAAAUAUAUAGGAAUAUUAUGUGUUCAAUAUAAGUUAAGCUCAAUCGACAGCAUUUGUGGCAUAAUGUUGAUUACCACAAAAACUGAUAUCGACUCGUCCCACAAUUGCUAAAAAAGGCUCAAAUCUGGGUUACAGUGAGGCACUUACAACAGAAGUGAAUCAAAUCUGUAAAUGUUCAAAUUCUCAGUGUUAAUGAACUUUAGAGCUCAAAUAAUACCUUGUGCAGUUAUAACAGGACAAUUUAUGUAGGUGCAUCUAUAAAAUUAUAAGCUUUUCAUUUCUGCCUUUGAACCUGCCAAAAAUCGCCCAACUUUGUAACUUUGUAACCAUAAAAAAAAAAAUGAAAAAAAGCAUGGACGAGUGGAAACAAUUGGUGGUAAUCAAUAAUGAAAAAUGUUCCUUUAAUGUUUUUUUUGUCAGAUGUUUAAUGUAAUACUAUAGAUUAACUUAAUUUUGUUCCAUGUGAUUUUUAAAAUGCAAUUUUUAUUUUUGAUUCUGACUUUUUAUUUUACUUGUUGCUUUGUUUUACUUAUUUUACGCUGCUACUGUAGUGUAUUUUCAUCAAGUUAAGUAUACAUUAAUCAGGUGUAAUCAAUGUAAACAUUGUUGAUUUGUACCACAGUUAUGUCUGACAGGCAAACAUGCAGUACUGUGUGUGUGUGUAAAGGCCUGUGGACGUGAUGAAUGUGUGCUCAGCAUAUGUGCGACUAUUUGAAGGUGUGUGCAGGAACAGGAAUAGCCUCAUAUAUGUGCUCUCAUGACUGCUGAGAAAAUAUAUGGUGAGGCAGGUGUCUCCUGUCCACUUCUUAAAAUAAGCUGACCAGGGUUAAAGCACAGUAAUAGCCCCACCUAGUUAGAGGACUGUAUUUAAGUGAACCAAAACUCAGAGAUGCUUCAGUUGUUCUGCAGGCAACUCGGCUUUAUUGUAUGAUAAUAAAGUCUAUUCUUCUGAAAUCAAAACCCCAAAGAUGUUGAGUGAUUUUUCUUGUGUUAAACAAGACACAUAAAAUAAAAAUAUAUAUAAAAAAAUAUAUAAAAAAAUAUACAGAAGGUUGUAUUGCAAGAGAAUAUAAUUGAUAUAAUUUAUGGCAGUCCAGUGUGAGAUUAAUAAAGUGCAGUGCUGAUAUAUUGAUCGUGAGAGAUCAAAUGUUCAAAAGUCUAAAUAAAUGUAAAUGU